ACAGCAAGUAGUGACGGUUGAUGAUGUUGUGGCUGUCCACGCUGCCGAUAACACCCUGACAAGCGGUCCUCGGAGUCCAGGGAGGAGGGGAAGCUCGCCACGCAUGGAGUUGAGCUCGGAGCGUGUGCUGGCACCGCUGGAAAUGUCGCAGACGGCGAGCCAAGUUGGCGAGCCCGCUCCGGACAACGGCGACUACGAGAGCUUGCCGCCUCAUGUCUCGGUGACGACGCACAUGACAGCGGGCGCAGUGGCUGGAGUCCUGGAGCACACGGUCAUGUACCCCGUGGACUCCGUCAAGACAAGGAUGCAGAGCCUGCAGCCUGACCCCAAUGCUCGUUAUAGAGGCGUGUACGAAGCCCUGAGACGGAUCAUCCGCACAGAAGGUUUCCUCAGACCACUAAGGGGUCUCAACAUCACCAUGAUGGGCGCCGGUCCCGCCCACGCGCUCUAUUUUGCGUGCUACGAACGGGUCAAGCACUCCCUCAGUGACGUCAUUAAAAAUGGAGCCAACAGCCAUCUGGCUAACGGUGUUGCAGGCAGCGUGGCCACUGUCCUCCAUGACGCGGUCAUGAACCCUGCCGAAGUGGUGAAGCAGAGGAUGCAAAUGUACAAGUCGCCCUAUCGUGGACUUUGGGACUGCGUUCGCACGGUGACACGCACGGAGGGCGCAAGCGCCUUCUACCGCAGCUACAGCACGCAGCUGACCAUGAACAUCCCCUUCCAGGCUGUUCACUUCAUCACCUACGAGACCAUGCAGGAGUGGCUAAACCCUCACAGACACUACCACCCCGGCACGCACAUCGUGUCCGGGGCCGCGGCCGGCGCCAUCUCGGCUGUCGUUACCACGCCUCUUGACGUGUGCAAGACGCUGCUCAACACGCAAGAAAACGUGGCGCUCAGCUCCAUGAACAUCAGCGGCCAUUUGUCGGGAAUGGCCAACACUUUCAGGACAGUGUACAAGCUCGGCGGAUUGGCGGCUUUCUUCAAAGGGGUGCAGGCUCGAGUAAUAUACCAGAUGCCCUCCACGGCCAUUGCCUGGUCCGUGUAUGAGUUCUUCAAGUACUUCCUGACCAAGCAGGAGGCGAGACAUCCUUCCUGGAACGGAAAGUGAAUGUGGCUGCUCCGUGAUGUUUGAGGAAGUCGCUGAGCUGUGACACACCUUCUUGUUACUGCACUGACGUCGGCACGUUUUCUUUUCUUUUCUUUUCUUUUCACAAUGACGUCACUCAAGGGCAAAUGAAUCGAGGACAAAUUCACACAGUCGUCUUUCAACAUUCUUUCCUACACACAUAACCAUGUUUUCUUAAAUGAUGUUUAGACUUCUUAAUAUUUAUUUAUUUGUGUGACUUGUAUUUUACUGGGUGCAGAAGGAAGCAACACAUCGCUGCUUUAUUUGUUUUACUUCUGUGUGUAUUUAUAAGGAACAAGCAAACUCACCCUUUUUUCCACUCCCAACGGAAAAAUGAAUCUUCCAACUUCCAAGUGCCUCUUUUGCUCUUUAACAGAGCAAAUCUUUCCGUUUUUAAAGCAAUUUUUUUCCAAUUUUCUUUUAUGUUUUUGCCAUUUUUGCCAUUAAGGAUGGGCAUUUGACUAAAUUUCUUUGAUCCACAAUGAUUUUUAAAACAUUUUAUUUUAACGCAAUUUAUGAAAGAUUCUCUCUGAAUGUUCUGAACUCCUGUUUCCAUGGCAGCGCCGUAUUGAGCUGAAUAGAUCUGUGUGGAUGUACUGUAGCUCAACUUCCCAUCGCUGACAUCCCGUUAGGCUGUACAUUAAACAGCAAACUGGCCUUGACUGAAUCAACAGCGCACCUGCUGGUUGCACUCAAAUAUUACGUUACAUUUUGCCACCGAUCUUUCAUGAUAGGCGGAAUGAUGUAAUUGUGGUUAGCGCGUCUGCCUCACAGUUCUGAUGUUUGUGGUUUGAACUCCUGCUUUCUCCCACAUUCCAAAAACAGGCAAGUUUGGUUAAUUGCAGACUAAAUUCUCCAUAGGUGCUGUGUUGGGAAAGUUUAUUUUCUACACAAACUAGUUCAAAGUUCAGUUCAUAAAUUUUAAAAUGAACUAGUUCAGUUCAUAGUUUAUCAUUCAAAAAUCUGAACUAAGUUUACUGUUAAAAAAAAAAAUGAACUUGUUCAUAAUUUUAUUUUAAUUUCCUCGUUAUGUUGGUGACGGGCUAUUUCUCAUCUAAAUCCAGGCAUUUCCCCAUUGUUGCCACCCUUCCGAUCAACACUAGUAGCCAGCUGCAGCUUUCACCCUACAUGCCCUGACACUUGUUGCUUGAAUGGUCUUUUUUUUUUUUUAAUGAGGAAUUAAAACAAAAGUAGGACUAUAGUCUUUAAUAUGCAAACACCCUACACAGUAUGACAGGGACGAUGAUGAAAGUUGCAUUCAGUCUCCGACAUUGUUCACUUUGCACUUGUUCAGGUACAGCACUGCAUAGGUGUGAAUGGUUGUUUGUCUACAUGUGCCCUGCGAUUGGCUGGCAACCAAUCCAAGUUGUACAGUGCUGUGAAAAAGUAUUGGCCCCCAUUCUCAAAUUAUGUUUUUGCAUAAUUUCCCCACUUCGUUUAAGAUCAUCUAACAAAUGUAAAUAUCAGACAAAUAUAACCCAAGUUAAUUUAAAAUGCUGUUUUUAGAUGGUGAUUUCAUUUAUUAAGGGGGAAAAAAACGAUUCGAAGUUACCUACCCCUGUGUGAAAAAGUAAUUACCCCCCUUGUUAAAUCAUGAAUUAACUGUGGCUAAUCAUAAUUUUUGGUUAAUUUUCACUGAUCACACCGAAGCCUGAUUACCUGCAGACCCGUUCAAUCAAGAAAUCACUUAAACAGAAUAUUUCCUGACAAAAUCAAGUGAGACAAAAGAUCUAAAAAAGCUGCAAGAAAAUGACACGAUCCAAAGAAAUUCCAGAAGUCAAGAAAUAAAGUAAUUGACAUCUGUCAGUCUGGAAAGGGUUACAAAAGCCGUUUCUCAAGCGUUAGGAUUCCACCGAACCAUAGGGAGAGCCAUUAUCCUCACAUGGAGAAAACAUGGAACAGCGGUGAACCUUCCCAGGAGUUACCCCGAGAGAACAGCAAUGACUCAUCCAGGAGGCCACAAAGGAACUCAGGACAAACAACAUAAAGACUCAUUUUGAUUUUGCAAAAAAAUUUCUCACUUUUGGGAGAGUAUUAUAUGGACUGACAAGAUGAAAGUUGAGCUUUUUGAAAGGUGUGUCUCGUUACAUCUGGCUCAAUGUAGCACCUAAUUUCAGAAAAAGAACAUCAUACCAACAGUCAAACAUGGUUGUGGUAGUGUGAUGGUCAUGGGCUGCUUUCCUCCUUCAGCAGCUGGACAACUUGCUGUGAUUGAUGGAACCAUGAAUUCUGCUGUUUAACAGAAAAUCUUGGAGAAUGCUGAGCCAUCAGUUUGUGACUUCAAGCUGAAGAACGCUUGGGUUCUGCAGCAGGAUAAUGAUCCAAAAACGCACCAGCAAGACAACUUCAGAAUGGCUUAAAAAACAAAAUGAAGGUUUUAGAGUGGCCUAGUCAAAGACCAGACUUUAAUCCGAUUGAAAUACAGUGGCAUGACCUUAAAAUCACCCUCGAAAACAUUAUUGCUGUAUUCAAACAAUUGUGUAAGGAAGAGUGGGCCAAAAUAUCUCCACACAAAUGUGAAAUACUCGUUGCCAGUGAUAGAAAACGCUUGAUUUCAGUUGUUGCUGCUGAGGGAUGGCCCAACCAGUUAUUAGGUUUAAGGGGCCAUUACUUUUCCACACAGGGUCAGGUUAACUUUGAAUAGUUCCCCCCCCCCUUAAUAAAUGAAAUUACCAUUUAAAAACAGAAUUUAAAGUUCACUUGGGUUAUAUUUGUCUGAUAUUUACAUUUGAAUGAUGAUCUUAAACAAAGUGGGGAACCUAUGCAAAAAUAUAUGAAUUUGAGAAGAGGGCCAAUACUUUUUCAUGACACUUUGUUCCACCUCUCCCCCAAAGUCGGCUAGGCUCCAUCACACCCGCAAAUCGACUGAUAAAAAGGACUAUAGAAAAUGGAUGAAUUGAUGGACAUAUCAAGGAUUGAUUAAACAACAGUCCCACUAAGUCCGUUCACAAUUCUUGAAGAUCAAUGAAUUGAUGGCCUGCCCAUCUCUAUUUGCCCCUACAGCUGUUUGUUCUUGAAGAAGUGUUGCUCGGCAUGGUGUCCACUGAAUGUUCGCCUAUUGCCCCACAAGACAAUGCUGUUAAAUCUCACACACACACACACCACAGUACAGAAUCACUGCUGGUGUAGUGGUACAUUCGCCUGACUUUCGUGCGGGCAGUGUGGGUUCAGUUCCCACUCAGUGACGGUGUGAUUGUGAGUGUGAAUGGUUGUCCAUGUCUAUCUGUGCCUUGCGACUGACUGGCGACCAGUUCAGGGUCUAUUCUGCCUUUCGCCCGGAGUCAGCUGGGAUAGCCUCCAGUGCCCCGCGACCCUGAAGAGGAUGAGCGGUAUUGAGAAUGGAUGGAUGGAUAUACAGUCCAGUAGACUCGACACGGGGCAGCUAUUGGAGGUCUGAACAUGGCUUGUCAGAGACCUGAAUGACAGCCUUUGUGAUUGAACAUACAUGUUCCAGAUUGUAUUGUAUAUCAAAUAUGAAAUAUAGAUUUUACUCAUUUUUCACUCCAUUGCUUUUUUUAAGCCAUUCCUGCAUCUUUAAACAGAAAAAAAGCCACAUUGUAGUGUUUAUUUUGGUCAAUGUGUACAACCCACCAAAGACAUUGUAUCAAAUGGUAUUUUUUUAUGCAUCUGCUUUUUAACCCGAAGCCCUCCACCAAGUCCACUCCAUUAGCCCUCCUGACUCACAUCCAGACGCUUAUUUUUGUGUAUGUUUACAGUCACAUUGUGGUGACCACUGCAUGUCCCUUCCUGCUCAGCAUUGUUUCAAAAAUGGAUGGCAGCUUUUUUUGCGCUCAAAAUCUACCCACCCGAAUAGUGGCAGUUGAAGAGGAACCGUUUUGUUUUUUGGGGUUUUAGUAUGUUUUGAUGUGUUUAAUGAUUGCAGUUUUUUUAUCAUUCAAUCUGAAUACACACUUUAUAUAAGCCAUAGUUGCGCUUGCAGAGUUUCCCAUGAGCAAAUGGGAAUUCUUUCUUUGAAAUUUAUAUAUGCAUUUGCGUCAUCUAUGUUUUAUUAGGUAAUCAUGUCUCCAAUCCAAGUGAAGAAAAUAUGCUCGCCAUCUCUCUGUAGGUCACUCUAGCGCUGCAUACACAGCACACAGUGCAGAAUAGUGAUGUGUGCUUGUGUGGGUACAUAUAUAUAUUUUUACAUGUAAAUAUGUUACGCUGUUUACGCACAAAUAACUGAAAUGGCGUUGGAAUGUUUGAUCAUGCAUGCAAGAAAUCAUUGCGACAAUGCUGCUACAGCAUGUAACACUGGAGCUGAAAUAAACAAGUGAGAUAU